CUAUAAAGGAGAGGAGGCAUGGACCUGUUGCGCUCUAAUCGCCAAGCUGCCAGCGCAGAAAGCGAGCCUGCUCCCUGAAUGCUCAGCGUGUAUCAGCAAUCUGCUGCACCGAUGGAUUUUAAGGAGCUUGGAGACGGCUCGUCCUCCGAGGGCGACACGGAGGAUCUGGACAGCGUGAAAGCGCUCACGGAGAAGCUGAAGUUACAGACCCGCAGACCGUCCUACCUCGAGUGGCAGGAGCGCGUACAGAGCCGAGCGUGGAAGGAAAGAAAUUCCGCGGACGGUCCCGAAUCAGGAGGACAGGAAGUCGUUUCCGUGCCGGCAAUUUUGAGGAGGUCAGAACUGGUUGUGGGCAGCAUCUGUGGCUUUGACACUAUGGACGAUGCCCUGGAGCAUCUUAGAAAAGAGCUGAGGGAAAUGCAAGUUCAGGACAACCGACUGGCCCGUCAGCUGAUCCGUCUGCGGGUGGAGAUCCAUCGGCUCAAAGUGGAGCAAGUGUGCCACCGUCACAAGGAGAUGCUGGACGACGCAACGUACGAGCUGGAGGAGUGCGGAGAGGAGUCGGACCUGCUGUGUGAUAUCCCCAUGAAGGCUGCCUUUGCUCUGUCCACCCCUCUAAAACAUCUGGGCCUCACCAAGAUGAAUAUCAACUCCAGGCGUUUCUCACUGUGUUAAAGACCGCAGGCCUCACUCAUGCCACCGAGGACGCUCCGUCACCUCCUCUGUGUUUGUGUAGGCAUUAUUGUUAUAAAGGGUUAUUUCCGUUGAUGGCGCAGUGGGGCAAAAGUAAAGAUGAGCCACUAGCAGCUGUGAAUGAAAAUGAAAACGUUGAUGACUUUGAUGUGUGCCUUGGUCUGACAUGCAUGAGGAAGCCUGUGCAUACAGACCUGCAGGGGCAUACACCUUUAUCAUCACGCAGCUUCCUGCUGGAUGAGGUCUGGGCAGCUCUGCUGUUGACUGAGAGAAUUAAUGAAGACUAAGAGCUAGACUGAAGUAUACUCAGUGAACUGAGUAUAUUUUUAAUAUCAGAAACCAAGGUGAUUUGGUGAUGCAAAUUCAUAUUGAACAAAGAAGUUUAAGCGGGACAAUAACUCAUUUAUAAAUCUGUUUAUAUUCUUGGACUCUGCAGGAGUGCAGUAGAAAUUCACAUUUCAAAUAUGCCUUAUUUACCUUCUACUGAGUUCACUCCACCCACUGUUGGAAACGAGCUCCUCGAAGCCACCUUUAUUGUGAUUGGCUGCCCCUCUUGAGAAGAGGUGAGGCGAUUUUGUUAAGGUUAUCCCCUCUCAUUGAGGUCAUUAGAAAAAACUGUCGGAAACUGUGUUUGGAGCAGUCUGUGCCUGAGCUUUUGGCUCACGGGGAUUACUUUGCAUACACUGACCUCAUUAUUGGGAACUUAAUUCAUGUUUAAUAUGACUGCUCUCCAUUGUAAUGUGCCUAGAACAGAUAUAACUUAUAUAUACAGUGAUUAGAGCAUGCCUUCGAAAAUUACCAAAUGAACUUUUAUGCUUCUGAAAUCUGUCAGCACGUGCAGGCGCUUUAAUCAAAUUCAUAUUUGCAAUGAAAAUAAAAUGAAAAAUACAAUUAAUGUUAUCUGAGAAUUACAGUCAUUUACUUGCAUUCCUGAACAGAAGCAACAAUUUGCCUGAUAAAAAAAAACAACAGAAAAUCUUCUUCUUCUUCUUCUUCUUCUUCUUCUUUUUUACAGAUUUCUAAAUCAUUUCUGAUCUUAUUCAUUUGACAGAAAAUGAGGAAAUGUUAGGUCAACUUUAAGGUUAUACAGAAAUGAAAGUAGCCCUCCCACGUGUUCAGGUCACACUACCUUACAUCACCUCAGAAAUUAUGCUGCCAGCCUAAAUAGGUCUUGGAACAAAAGUGAGAUGUUACAAUUUAGAAAAUGAAAUAAAGACAAAACAUAUUGAAGCUGUUUUCAAGCUUGAAUCUGUGCAGAAAAAAAAACAAAAAACCAAAAUUACAUAUUUCCCCUGUGGCCUGCAGUGCUACUCAUGCUACUCAUCUCUCUGGCUGUGAGUUUCUCACUUUGCCUGGCUUCUCUUCAAUAAAAUGGAAUCUAAUAGCUUUCCCCUAAAAUACGUUUAAAUACCUCAGCAGCAACGUCUCUUCUCUGAAAUCAUGACUCAAGUUUUAUUUUUAAUCUACCGUGCUCUGCCAUGUGAGGACUGCAGUUAAGUAAGGUUAAAGCCUCUUUACUUCUUAUUUGCCAUCAUGCUUUUACAAGCAUCAUGAUUAGAUAGAUGAUGUUCACGUCUGCAGAUUUUUAUUCAUUUAUUUUUUAAGUAACUGGGUCAUGACCUCUGAAAAGAGUCAGAUGUAUUCCCAUCAAAUAUAUUUUUCGGCACUUUGAAUGUCAAGUAAGAUUUAGGCAAAGCCAUUAACGACCCUUUUAAAAGGUCACGAGCCAAAAAGUUUGGGAAACACAGCUUUACUGAAACUGAUGCAUGAAGGCAGCUGCUCCUGUCUGGUCUGGGCCGAUACAGAAAUGCUCAGCAACACGUUGAAGUAAACAAAGUCCUUUAAUGCAGACACUUACAGCAGCCACAGGCAGGUCACACUCCAGCAUUUUUUUACACCUCUUCUUCACAAACCAAAAAUAUCUCUGCAACUUAGCAGCUGCAGUGACACAAACCAGGAGCUCGUGUCCGAUGUUCUUUGUUUUUCAUUAGCACGUCAGGAUGCUGCAAAGCACUGAUUUUAGACUAUAUGUGGCUGGCCAGUGACCAAGUGUAUUUUAUGUUUUAAAUGAUUUUGUCUUUAGUUGAGUUUUUUAAAGAAUGAAUGAAUUUAACUUUGGUUGCAUUAAAAGUGUAAAACAUCUAUUAAAUGUAUUAUUCUAUGCAGAUUGUUAAAUCAAGUUGUAAUAUGAAUGUAAUGACUUAACUGAAUGAAUAUAUAUAAAAAACGCCUUAAAGUGUAAAUUCCUAAAUCUUUUUCUUUCACAUAAAAGACAUAUUAAAGAGGUUUUAUUUAUCAUAUUUGAGUCAGUUAUAAUUACUAUAUGAUGGGAGACAGUGUUACACCUGCCUGUUCAGAAUGGGUCACAGCUUUCUCAAAAAAACCUCUCAUCUGAGCAACGUAAGUGUCUCAGGAAACCACACAGCGAAUAGAGUGAAAUGAAAACAUUCCCAGCCAUCUUUUUCAGAAACAGGUUGAGGUUUCGAGCGUUUAGAGUCAUGAUAUUUUGUAAAAGCUUGAAAGUUUUGGUUAGAUAUCUCUUUUCUUUCUUUCUUUUUAAACAGCCUUUUUGUAAGUAGUUUUGGUUGAAGUUAGAAUUAGAGUUAGGCUUGUUCUGAGAUGGGAGGAGCAGACAUGAGUAUGGAUGAACAGAGAUAUGAAAUGCUGAUGAUUGUAUGAUUUCUGUCGGUGUCAGUGAGGGAAAACAUCCCCACAUGUUCCAGCACAUCCAUCUCCAUCAUCCACCCUCGGUCCUAAAGCCACCCAGGCACAACGGUAUCUUCUUUCCUUCCCAAGAGACAGCCAUGACCUGCUGUAACACUCAGACGUAUGAAAGGGGCCCUGGAGGGAUGUGCAGAAGCAGACAUAGUCAAGCUCGACACCAAAUAUGCCUUGGCAGAGCGCGGACGCCGUGUUAAAUGAGAGCGCAACUAAGACUGUUGAAAUGAUCACAAGUGGCAUACUUCAGGAGCUGUGUGAUCUCAUGUGGGUCGCGGGACCUCAAUAGUUAGACACAUGGAAAUGAGUAUCAUAUGGAAGACACAGAGGAUUAAGUACUACGGCUUGAGGCCGUAUUCUUGAGUGAAUGCUUUCAGAAUAAAGGGCUGCAGACUUGUGUUUCUCAGGCUGCUCAUUCUUUGCCCUGUAGAUACUUUCCCGUGACCCUUUUUCGCCCGUAUCUUUCUGCUUGCCAUCAAACCAGCAGAAGAUAUUACAGUGUAAAUAAAGAAUAGUAAUCCAUCUGUUUAUCAUAAAGCCAAGUAAGCCUACAUGAUGCACAUGAGUAAGCACUAGAGGCAAAAAAAAAGAGCCCUCAUUUACAUUCACGAAAGAGGCCAGCACCUGCAUCAUGUAGCAGGAGGUAGGAGGUCUGGAAAACUUUCUGCACACUGAUAGCAUCGCAGUUUGAUUGCGUAACAGAAUGUGAUUUCCAACCACAUUUGGAAGUAGUGACAACUGUGGUCGAGAGGAAGAAAGGAAUACCCUUAAAGCUCCAGAAGGCCUGGACAAAGCUGAUCUCCAAACAUGGCGGGACACUUUUUCUCCCAGCACGUAUCAAAGAAGAGUUCUUGGAUGAUUAGACUUUAUCUUCUGUCACAUGCACCUACGUAUUUACAUCACUCUCAAAAUUAAAAAAAAGAAAAAGAAAAAUGAAGCACGUUUCACACAUCCUCCUAGAUUUAUACUCUGCACUUUAACGGAAAAAAGAGUGAACUCAGGUGGUUUCAUCAUGAGUGAGACUUAAUCUAUGCUGUGGCAGUCUUCUAAGCACAUAUUUCUGUGCACUUCCUGUAAUGUUUGGACUGACUUCCUGCUAGUGCACGCUAUGUAGCAGCAGCCGUUCACCACAAGAGAAGAGAUGCGGUCCACGGCUAGAGUUGUAUGAAAUGUCGAAAAUGCGACAGCACAGGCUUAGAGGGUGUUAGCAGGCAGAGAGGUUUUUACUUUAUGCCUUCUCUCGAGUAGAAAUGUGACCAUGAGACAGCCUGCUAGAGCUAAAAUUAUGAUUCUAUGUUACAAAAUGUUCUAUAAAGGAGAUGUGGAGCUUGUGACGAGGCUUUUCUCUUUAUAUUUUCACAUUUUUUUAAUAGUAAGCUGAGUAAACCAAGACCAAAGGUUAAUUUUAAAGCCUUUUUUGGCCACAGACAAGAAUAUCCUCAAACCACAUGUUUGACUAAAAAAGAAAACUUUGUAGUCUUGUUGACUUAACACCCGGGGCAUAAAACCACGACACAGGAAAUGCAACUGUCCCGAGUGCUGCAAGAUUUUCAAAUAUCUUUUGAACCGCUCUGGACCAACACCUCAGCUGCACACUGAAGAUGUUCUUUACUUUAAAGGUCAGCAAGUCGCACGUUAAAUGAAAACAGCGAGCGACACAAAAGCGCGGCCUACAAAAGCCCCCCGUCUCUAAACUGUUUUGGAAAAUUCAUGUCUUGUUCCGUGUUUGGGAAAGGUGCUGUCCUGACCCCUUUACCGUAGAGCCCAUAACGUUCCCCCUUGCUCUCACACAGCUGCACAGUAAGCACCUGUUAAAAGCCUGCAGAGCAACCCUCAACCUUUCAACGACAGGAAACUCUCUGGGUUGCUCCCCUCCAUAGUGCGCAUGUGUGCAUGCAGGCGCCGCACAAGUGCUCCUGUGAUAGUGUUAUAAUAAGAGAAGCGGAUGAUGACAUCUUCACACCUAGGCUCAAGUGCUGAAAAACUUGCUUGCUGCACUUAAACAGCUCUUUUUAAAAAAAGAAGAUUUAAAUAAGAUUUCCCAAUGGCGGCACCUGAAAUCUGACAUUAUUGGACAUUAUUGGACGCUUGAGGAGACGUUUCAUAUCCAAAGAG